GUACGUAUUUAGAGGUCAACGUAUAACGAACUUGCCGUUGAAUACCGUCCAUGCAUUUUAAUAUCAAAUCACGAUCGUCCAUCUCAUCCAAGCUUACAGAGCAUAUAUACACACACACCACAUCCAGAGUCUGUGGUUCAUUCUUUAAUUACGUUCUUAUUAAAAAACUUCUACUUUUGUGCUGAAUGAUGUUGGCUCAAUCUGUGUUUAGAUUUAGCGAAUUCAUCACCGUUUCUAUUUUGGUUGCCUCCGUCUCUCUCUUCUUUACACGUCUCUUAUUAAGUUUUGCCGUUUUCCUCGUCACGCGUCCAUGGCGUCGCCACCGCACAUUCACGUUCCCCCGGUGGAGAACGGCGGCGAAAGAUCAUUCGUCUCCGCCCUACUGUGUUGUGUGUCUUCAAGAGGCAGAGGAAGGUGAGAAGAUGAGGCGAUUGACGAUUUGCCGUCACUGUUUCCACGCGGAUUGCAUAGAUACAUGGCUCGGUGUAAUGUCCAAGUGUCCGUUGUGUAGAGCUGAGAUACCGCCGUUACCGCCGGCGAAUCCUCUGCUCUCACUGUUUUUCCCGGCCGGUGUGAUCGAUUUGUUCACCAACAAAGAAUCUCGACACGUAGCGUAGCUUUAUAAUAAUUUCGGAUUCUAAGUUUUCUUAAUGCUCUGACCUGUCAAAGACUUAAAAUUUAGGUACUUGUUUGCUUUAAAAUUUUAGCUUAACUCCUUCAAUAUACGACAUAGAAUUUUAAAAUAAAAAUUGUUAAAACAAAACAAGUGUUUUACUAUGUGUUCAA